CGCCUAAAUCUAAACUACACUGUACAAUGAUCAGUGUCUGUUGAAAUUGUUUUAAUCCAGCAUUUCGGUAUCAUUUAUACAACUUACAUUUGUUUUUUUAAUUUAAUAUUAAAUAAUUAAAGGAUUACAUUCUUUCAUCUAGAUACUGGCAAAAAUAUAGACCUAUUAUAGACGGGCGAAUUUCCGUCUAAACUUAGACGAGACAUCUAUUAAACGUCUAAUGCUCGGUGGGAAGGUUGGAUUUUUAUUGAGCCUAUAAAAGUGCAGGAGCAGAAACAUGUAUAAUUGUAUUACAUGGCAAAGCCUACCUCUGGAAAGAGAACACCACAGAUGAACUGCACUUCAUCUGUGAAGCUCAGUUGUUUUGGUGUUCUGUGCAGUACAGCCUUUAGGAACCCAAAAAGCUUGUCCUGUUGUUCCUCGCUAUCCAGGUAGACGGGCAUCUGGCAACAAGACUCCUGAUUAAUCCAGGUAGAACAUUUGCCACCAAGUACAUCCUGAGGGCAACCCAAAGUACAGAAACAAUGAAUUUCUGGAACUCAGGACUUCUUUUAAAACACGGCCAAAAAAUAUUCUGUCCACUGAUAUUACUAACAAAGGCCCUACGUGAAUCUUUUCUGAGUCAGUCUGCAAUGAUGAGAAAACAAGAACAUUUUCCAAGUACCACCAAAUGUUGCUCAGCUCCCUUUGACUGGAUAAUGAGGUCCACCAGUCUUGCUUCCUUUGCAGUGCGCUCAAUGACAGCCUGCAUAUGGAGAGGAACUUCCUCAGUGACAGCACCCCGCCUUGGCACUCUGUAAACGGGCUUCAGGGUUCCUUGGAGCAGGCUUCUGGCUUCGUUAGUCCAGAAAGUGAACCUCUUGCCAUACCUUUCAAACCACAAAAUUCAUCCAAGAUAAAUAAUGUGGAAAAAAGCCGACACAGUGAUGGAAAAAAAUGACAUGCACAAAUACUCUCGACAAAGACUGCCAUCCACAGUCUGAUGAACUUAAUGUAGUUACCAGAUGCUCUGCUGACAUGGCACUGAUAGUGUGUUAUCAGUUUGUAGAAGUGGAAGUGAACCCCUAACUUUCAACUAAAAUUUAUAUACAUGUUUUGUUUCAGGCUGUCGUACCCCUCUGUCUGGAAACGCUCCAUGAGAAGAAGACACCACCACUUCCAAGGCAUGUCCAUCUGAAAGCAGUGUGACAAUAGAAAGAAAAAAUUGAGGUCAGAAUGUGUCCUUUCUCUUCAAAAUGAAUAGUAUGUGGCAACAACAAAAGCAUUUGGAGAGAGCAGUUUCUUCUUUGUGUAAACUUUUUUUUAAAACUAACCUGGAAUUCAAACCCUUGGUUUGUGACAAUGGAAAGUGUAUACUGUAACAGAUAAGAUGGAAAACGAAGCAUUUUAUUUGCAUUGUUGACAGAAGCUUCACCAUACUCAGUUUAAAAAAUGUGACUUUACCAGAAGCAUACACAUCCCACAGUCAUUUCCAUACAUCUGCCGUGGCAGGCCCUAAAAUACAUAAAACAGAUGAGAUUAGACACAUAACUGAAAACUGCUGUCUUCUCCAUUACAUGAUGACUUCUAUAUGAAGUAAGCAGUAGUAUCAACAGUAACAGUAUUUUGGAGUAGGUAAUUAUGCUUUUCUUUGUUACCGAAACAUCAUGGCCAGUCUUCUCAGUCCAGCUCCCAGGAUCAAUUUGCUGAGCAAGAUCUCUAUAGAAAAAACCCCCCCACAAAAUUGAAUUAAAGGAUGUUUUAAGAUUAAGAAUAUAACUCUUGUAGUUCUUCAGUGCUGAUGCAAGUAAGCUUACAAUGGCUGCCACAUGUUUCAUAAUCUAUUUUACAGACUAAAAGUUCUGUGUGAGGUUAAGUUGGAGCAGCACCAUGAACAGAUUUUCAAAAAUAAAGACUCUAUUCUGAAAUUGGUAAUAAAGUUAAACUAAUAAAACGAUUCACAGUUGGUACUCGCGUCUUUACAGUCAUCUAUCAUGGCGAUAAAUGCUGCUACUUCCUUUAGCAUUAACACAAUGGGCAACACAAACAACGGGGCCCGAGAUGAAGGAGGCGACCCUUAAAUUGGCGUCCUAUCGGUGUGGUCCAGAAAGAGCAGCCUCUGGCUCUGUAUAGAAAAACUUAAGCGGUUAAAAUGAACAGGGAAUUUUCCUUGAAUAAGCCUUUUGCAUUGUAAGUAUAUUUUGAGUGAAAUCACCGAUUUUAAACGGAACUUGUGCACUGUAGUUAUCAUCCAUUGCGGCAGGUGGCGCUGUCUUUAAAAACUUACCGGAAGGGUAGGGCCGUGUUCGUGCAGCCUCCGGCUCUGCAGACAUACCUUUCUCGAUGACUGCAGCCAUGUGUCUUGGCAUGCUCUCCACCAGCUUCUGACAUUGUUCUGCUGUCACAGCAGCCCAUUCCUGUUGAAAUAAUUCAAACAAAUUUGCUUUGUUUUGGGCUUGUUGUUCUCCAUUUUGUGUUUGAUGAUUUCCCACAGGUUUUCAAGUGGAUUGAGAUCUGAUGAUGGAGCAGAACAAGGUAUGGUUUGAAUGUUCUGUUUCUCCAAUGAGGCUUUAACUGACCUUACUGUGUGGCAAGGGGCAUUGUCUUGUUGAAAAAUCCAGUCCCUGGAGGCAGGAAAGAGUUUUCCAGCUGAUGGCAGAAGACUGUUUUCAAGAGUAUCACUGUAUAUGACCUGGUUCAUUUGCCCUUCACACAGCUGCAUUUGCCCUGUUCCACCCAUUUUGUCCAUUACCUGUCUGCAAAGAUGGCUGCUUUUGUGGCUUCACAUAAUUCUUUUGUUGUAGGCAUUGUGUGAGAGCUGACAACUUCUGAGUUGUGCUGCAGCUUGAAUGUAAACAGGAAACCACUCUAGGCCUUUGCAUGUGCAGUGCUGUUGAUGACAUGAAAUGGUCUCUUAUAUACCCUGGAAGUACAAUUAAGCUUAAGCAUAUCAAAAAGGACAUGAAGUAUAAUGGAAUCAGCUGCAUUUUUUUUUUGUCGUGUCCAUUGUAUUCUUCAGGUAAUAUGCCUUUAGUUGUUCCUGGCAUUGAAAUUAACGAAAACAAGGAUGAUAAUUUUUUUUCCAUGACUGUAUGUAUCAUGGAGGAAAUUUUGAGCAUCAAACAUUAACUGAAUUCAAUUUUAUUUUUUUGGGGGGGGGGGAAUUGGUUUAUUCGUAUAAAGGAAAACACAAUGUGUAAACUUACUAGCAUAUGCAUGCAGUAAAAUGCAUGUUGAGAUUCACAUGCCCCACAGCCUCUCUGAAAGCUACACCAAUACUUUCUGAUUUAAAGUGGAUUAGCUUAUUCUUUACUCUGCAGGAAUUAAUUCAUGUAUGGAUUUAUUUAGAAACGGGUGAAUGUGUUGAUUUAUUUGUGAGUCAGAACUGCAGCAGCAGCAUUUUGAUUCAGACCUUGUUUGUGUGUAUCAGCCACAGAAAUUUCCAUAAUCCAGUCUGCUGGUAACAAAGACAUGAACAAAUUCAUAACACUAUUCCCAGUUGUUUUGAAAGCUUUAAAUAAUGAAAUAUCUCAGAAUCAUCCGUUUUUACUCUGUGUAUAUAUUUGAAUUUUUCUCCUCCUGUGAUUCUUGUUUUUGUUCUCAUCCUUCUCCCCUGUAGCUCUUUUCAGAGAUGAUUCAGAGGAAUGAGGUGGUGCAGUCACUCCUUGGAGAGCUCCAGGAGGCCACCGAGAGCACCGGCCUAGAUGCUGUGACCAGAGUGGCCCUGGAAGUGGACCAGGUUCUUACCCCCUUCCAGCUUCCCAAGACCACCUGUCAGGAUUUCCCAGAGUGGGCCGGUGUGGACGACGCAGCUCACGGUUUGUACCCAGCCGACGCACCCGGUGGCCUCCUGCCGCUGAACUGCAAUGGAGAAGGCAACUUGUUGUUUGAUGCCGUCAGCAUGUUGCUAGUGGGAAACACUGGACUCAACUUGGAGCUACAGGUGCGAACUGUAGUGGAAAUGGUGCUGUGGAAGAGAUACUACUUGUCUGAGAUGAUUGACUCUAAAAUGAUGCUCCAAGCUGUUCGUUUUAGUCUCUGUGCAGAAGAAUCAGAGGACAUGCUGAACCUGCCUGUAACUAUCCUGGAGGCCAUCUUUGAUGCAGAUGUUAAAGCCUCCUGCUUCCCUGGCUCCUACGCCAACAUGUGGCACCUUUAUGCCUUAUCCUCAGUGCUCCAGUUCAACAUCUACUCCAUCUACCCCAUGUUCAAUCUCAAGAUCAGGCCAUACUUCAACCGAGUGAUACGCCCGAGGACCUGGCCCACAGACUCGGACCCGCAGACCAUCCACAUCAUGUGGUCUGGCGAGCUGCAGUCCGAGUCCUUGUUCAGGCCGAAUCACUUUGUCGCACUCGUCCAGACAAGCGACCUGACGUUUGGAAGCCCUGAAAGCGAGCAGAGGGUGUCGCCAGUGAAGAGGGAGGAGAUGCUGAGCCAGGACCCACAGCUUUCUUACUCAAGUCUGAAGGACAAGUACAACAUCACCAAGAGGACCUUCUACCGCUGGAAGAGGCAGACGCAGGAGCAUUGCAAGAAAUCAGCGGCCAGGUAUGAGGCGAAGUAUUUCCUGCAGGCAUGCUUUCUGGAAGGGAAGCUCAUCCCUCUGCACCAGUUUAAGGAGUUCUUCCCAGAGAUCUCUAGGUCGUCUUACUAUAACUGGAAGCAUGAGCUGCUGAAGACUGGAGGAAACUUCUCCACCUCAUCCUCCACUGGAGAGAUCAGUCCUGGAGAGAGCACCGAGCAGGAGGUCUGGUCUUCACCCGAAGCUAAGCAGGACGAAUCGGAACACCACGAAAGCGUGGCCAGCAUGUUCGGCCUUGAUCUCGGCAAAAUCGACUUGGAACGUGCUCAGAACGUUGCACAUAUGCAGGAAGCGAAGCGCUGCCUGCAGAACUGCAUUGCCAUGAAUACCUCCUUCCCCUUCCGCAUCUUCAAGAGAAAUUUUCCAGGAAUCUCCAGAUCGACCUACUACAACUGGAGGAGAGAGGCCAUGCUGUUAAACAGAAACUACAAAGGCAGCGUCGGCAGCAGCUCAGACAGCUCGGAUGGCGACAAGAGCCAAAGCCCAAAGAGUCUGUCGCCGGUGCUGCCCAACGCGAGUCGGCCGAGAGUGAAGAUCUGCAGGAGAAAACACAAAAGCUUCAGGCUGGCGUACAUGAGUAAAAAACAGCUCAGAGAGGUCGCCAAGUUGCACGUCCAGAAAUCCAAAUGGUCCCUCACCAAGUUCAAACUCAAGUUCCCAUCCAUGUCGCCUUGUUUCUACUGGCUGUGGGGCGGCAGCCAGAAUCACAAGAAGAAGGUGACCACCCAGAGAGCAGAAAUCAGCAAACCUGAGAGUCUGGAAAUCCAAGCUGCAGGAAACAGUGUGGAGGAGAUGAGGAUGGAAAGUCAGGGUGCAGUCCCAUUUGCCAAGAGCCCAAAAUAUCUGGAAAAUUCUGCCUUUUCCUCUUUAGAUGCCCCACAUUCAAAGCACACCCUCCACAGAAAGGCACCCAUAGUUGAGCAGGUCUUCAUGAUGGAUGUGGUGGCUGUGGCCAACUUCAAGGCCAGGGCCAAGCUCUUCCUGCAGAAACGCUUCGAGGAGAAAUCCUUCCCCACUUUUAAAGAAUUCCGGGGCUACUUCCCAUUCACGCCACGCUCCACGUACUACAUGUGGAAGAGAGCUCUGCACCACGGGGUGUCGCUGGUUCAUGGGUAAAUAACAAAGUGUGCAAAAUGGAAGCUAUGCUCAUGAACUUCUCAGUCCUUCUUGUUGAAGAAAACUACCUAUACAUUGAUGAUUUGUGUUCUGAAAGACUGUAAAGUACGUCAGCAUAGCAUCUAAAUACAUUUUGUUCUUCCUAACCCCCACCACCACCACAGAUCAUUCCUCCCUCCUGGACAUUUGCACGUGUAUGAGAAGAAACUGAGCCGUGGGUCUGUUUAAACCCUGCAUGUUGCCCUGCAGGUGAAAGGCAGUUCAAAGCUGUUGUUGGGUGACGUUUUGUUUGAAGCGUUUUACCUCAGUUCUCUUUUAAUCCCUAAUUGUGGACUUCUUUGGAGUUCUCCUUUUUUUUCCCUUCAAUUUUCAUUUGUUUAUGAUUGUUCAUGCUUGAACUUAUGCUUUUUGUUUCUUUUCUUUGAAUAUUGAUCUGGGAGAUUUGUAGUGUGCCGAUGUUUUGCUUUAUUUUUUCUUUUCUUUAUUUUCAUUUUUUUAAUAUAAAGAGCUGCCAGUAUUAGUUUUCUGAGAAGAUAUCUCCUCUGUGCUGCACUGUAAACAGGGUUCCAGUCGUAUUUCAUGUUUCUCAGGGAUUUGCUUUGCGCUCUGAUGCUUCAGGCGGUUUUAGGCGUUUUAACAUACCUCAGCAUUCUGGAAAUCAGCCAUGUAAAAUGCAGUUUUGUCAUACUCUAUUUGCACUAUUACUAUUACACUGUUGAAUGUAUUAUCUUAACCUUUAUGCACACACUGGUUAAGCUGCUACCUAACCACAGUAAAACACCUCCAGCAGAAUGUAGGUGAAGGUAUUUUGUUGUUGUGCACUCCUUCAUUUCAAAACUACCUAUUUCCCUGAAAUAUUGGGAGAAUGUGUCUUUUAUAAGCUACUUUUGUUUACAGAUCGAUGUGUUUUGCAGAACUACCUCUGUUACACCCCUGAAUAACGGGUUUCACUAUACAUUUGGUCUCUUUGUAUUUAUUUUAUUUUUUAUUUUUUUGUAUUCAUGACAUGUUCGAAAGGGAUUCUGGUCCCACCGGCAGUUUGCAUCGUAUCGAGCCGGUAACUGAGUCAAGCUGUAUUCUUCGGUUGUUUAUCAAUAAAUGAUCAACCAGAAAA